AUGUACGUGGUGAUCCACCGCUCAAACUCCGAGCUGGACCCGGUGUCGUUCCAGUCGCACAUGUUCGCCGCAUCGAAGGAUGCCCAGGUGGCGGUGCUAGACACCUAUGCCGGCGACGCUAAGGCAGCCCUGCUCUUGGCAAACUCCACAGGCCACUGGGAAGGCACCAUCCUUCCGUUCGGUACGGCUUUUGGCGUGCCCCAGGGCAGCUACCAGAUCAUCCUGAGCGACGGCAGCGCAGACUCCAAAAUCCGCGCGCGCUUUGCAGCGGCACGGGGGGAAAGCUACCUCGUCCUCCGCACAGGCUCGCGGUGCAAGGUGGGAAAUUCCACCAACAGCGGAUAUCCGCAAGAUCUCGUGGUGUAUCCGACCACUGAAGACGACGUCCUGGAUCUGAAGAGUGGCACCUGCUGCAGCUUUGCCAGCUUCGUUGUGUCUGCACUGGCCCUGUUGAGUUUCCUCUUCUAG